AUGCAGGGAUUAUAAUCUGAAUCAGCCCUGGGCUCUGGCCAGUCACCGAACUUCGUCUUCUGUCCCUCGGUUUUGUUUGAAGCCCUGCCAGUAGCCAAGCUGGAGGUAAAAAUAGCCCAUGAGAAGCUGCCUGUUACUCGACACUGCGUGGUUUUUCUCCUACGUAGCUUUGCUCUUUCUCCCCCACCAGGUUUCUACUCGCCCAAGAGAGAUUUAAGUGCGUUUUACGGACACUUUGGGUUUCUCGUUCAGCUCCUUUUUGCCGAUUUGGGCAGAUCUUGGCAGGGAAACGUUUGGCUCCCGCAACUUUUACAAUCACAGCUCUCCUUCCUACUCAAAAGAAAGAACCCCCCAAGGAUAUAAAUUACAGGAAGUGUUGUGGUUAAGCAAACUACGGAGACAUUGAAUGUGCCUGGGAAAAUUGGAUUGACUGAAGGCAGCACCAUGUUCCUCGGGCCCUGAUUUUAAGAGACCUGGACACCAAAGUUGCAGACUGAAAGGAUCUACAGAACAUAAUGAAAUAUGUAGCUUGGAAAAGCUUUUCCCCCAAAUAAUUUCCACUCAUCCUUACUGGUGAGCCUCAAAGGGGCAAUCAGAAUACAAGAAGAUCAAAACUUCCACAGGGUCUGUUAACACAACAGGCAGGCAAGCGAGGAAGGAACCCUUCACUGCAGGGAUCAUUUUCAAACAGAUGGCAAAGCAAAUGCACAGAGCAAUUCAUGUUAAGAGGAGAUACAACUCAGAGAAAAGAAAUGAAAACGUCAUCUUGGCAAUCCUUUUAAAUUCAGAGUGAAAUGUAGAAACAGGAGGCAUACACUGUGCUUCCUUAUGAGAAAUGAAUAUAACAUUGCAGAUUAUCAAAGAAAAGUUAACCCCAAGUUGUGAACAAUGCUGGAGAAACAGUAGUUCCAAAAGUCAACCACCCAUUUCAUUAAUGACUCCUCUGGACCAUGCAGGGGAAUAAGAAACCAGCGGACGGUCAGAGUGACGCCUCCAGCAUUGGGAGUCUGCUCGACGAGACCGACAGAGAAGUGUGCAGCCUCACCGACCGAGCUUUCAAAAGUCUGUGCGUGGCUGAGCUUCAAACACCUUACGCAGAUGUAGACCCUGUUGUGGGGCCACCCAACCUCUCCCAUCAGUUCUCUAGCAAAUUCCUUCAUGGCCCCUGGAAUUACGCCCUCAGGCAAAACACCAACGUCCACAGGCAACUCUCACACAAGGAGCACGCAACAUUCCUACUUUCCAAAGUUUCUACUCACUCCAAAACUCACGAAGAUAAAAAGUAUUCUACAGUCAACCCCAGCAUAAGAAGAAACUUGGAUUUGCCACUGUCUGAUCUGCACAACUGUACACAUAUCUCGAAAGUGUCUUCUUUGAUAAAGACCUUUGAUAAGGUUGACAAUCAGGUCUCACUACUGAUAGCCAGGCAGCCAGUCAACAAUAGUUUGACAGAAUGUCCAUUAAUAUGCGGAGACAAUAUGGCUUUCUGGAGUGACAAAAGAAUUUUAAACAUCCAGAAGGAGAUCUCUGAACUUCCCGACCCAUGUCCAAGUAAAGCAAAUCCAAGCGAUAAGCGCAAAGGACAUAGCAAAAUAGAUCUGGUCUAUCAAAGCCUGCCUGCCUCUCAUCCUUCUCAGCCAAACAUUUCGAAUACACCCAAGUUCAGCAUCUCUAACAAGACGGUGAAAACCAGAAGUGGGAAAGCAAAAGAAGUAGCCAGAAAAAGUAGCUUUCUCCACAGUGAAAACAGUGCUUUUGAGUCAUGGAAUGCACACCUUAAAAAAAUAAUUGAAAUGGGAGAGACAAUGCCCACAGAUGGCAGCCUCGGUUACUUUGAGGAAACACCUUUCUUUAAGAAGUCUUGCAUUUCUCAGCCGAAACCAAUAGGUGCCUUCAUGCUAGAAGAAAGCUUCUCCGAUGACUCCUCGCCAAAGUCUCUCUUCAAAGCCUCCCUCUCUUCGGGGCCUCUGGCGGAGGUAUAUUUUCCUUCACUGGCUGAUGCAAAAUGUACAGUUGCCCAACAGCUGUUACCCCAGGGACUUGCACCUGUGUACGAGGGUUCUUCUGCAACCUCCCCAACAUCUAGCACGCUUUUCCCACCAAGAAUGUCCCCUUCAGUUCCAGUGUCCAAGGCACCAGUCCCCCCGUCACCUUUCCCUCAAAUCUCUGUCCCUCCAGAAGCAGCAUUCCACCACACUGAUGCGCAGGAAAUAUUGAUGCCCCACAUUACUGAACUAGCAGAGAAAACCACCAAGCCAGAAUUUGCACUUAGGGUAGGAAAUGGUGGCCCACCACCCUGGAGGAAACAAAAGACUACUCUUAGUAGAAUGAAACUGGCAGAAGUCAGAGCAGCCGAAGUGUUAGAAAUAAAAGAUUCCACGUACAGAAAAUCCCCCGAGGUUGCCCCUUUGGUCGAAACAGCUGCACCCGAGUCACCAGUGAUCUUGUCUGAUCCUUCCUUCAGCAUCUCGGCCCUUCUAACUCCGGUCCCACCCCUGAAGCCUAAGAAUGAAGGACCACCAGGAAACCGGCUUCUAGUGGUGACGCCGUUCAUACUGGAAGCUGGAGCAACCAAGGAACCUGAGGAGAGGGCCUUUUAUUCUCAGAAUGAUUACAAGUCUAAAGCGCCACGUUUACUAUUUAACUUGAAGGACAUCCGAAAACGUGUGAAAAGCACUUACAGCCCCUCUCCUCUCCUGAGAGCCCUGGAAGACAAAAGCAAGAUGAAAGACCCCCAGGUCCAUCUGAAAGCAACUGUUAUGGCAACCAAUGUAUUGGAUGAUAGCAAUAAAAAAAUACUUGGUGGUACUCAUAAAGUUAAUAUAUUUGAACAAAUGGACUACAUUCAGGAAAAGGACAAUUUCACCAGUUUAAAUGAGAAUUUUAUCAGCGAUGAUGUCUUGUUGAGCUUAUCUAAGUCAAGGGCAGGUAUUUUAAAGUACCAAAGUAAGAAUCAUUUGCAGCAAAGUGAUUCCGUAUACCCAGAGGACGUUGAGAUGGUUUCCAUGCAUGAACACAGUAAAACUCAACCUGCUCCUUCACCCAAACCUCACCUGACAGAUGUGGCAGCCGUACAGCAAGAGGUCGUGCAGGAACAUAAAUAUAAAAAAGUCACUUUGGGUCAAGAUGCCGAUGAAGCUUCUAGAAAUCUCUUUUAUCCUUUAGCUGAAGAAAACGCAAGCAACCGUGGAAGUCAGACCUGUUCCUCAGCUGGAAAUGACCACAAGGACAAAAGAAGCCCCAGUUCUUCUGAGCAAUCUUUUGUUACCACGGCAGACCAACCAACGUUUCAUGAGACACCCUGUUCCCUAAUGCAGCUUUUCCAGAAAGCCUGUCUCCAGGAGAGCCAGAGAAGGAAAAACGACAUGGAUGGAAGAGAAGAGCAAAGUAGCAAAGAGAAAGAGAAAGAGAAAGCCAAGGAAAAAGAUUUGCACGGCCACCUUCUUAGCAACUGUGACUCUGUUAUGGAUGAAACUGACAAGGAGAAGAAUGAAAAGGUGAAUGUCCUGCAAGAGUUGGUGUUGGAAGAGAAGGAAAAAGACGGCUGGAAAAGCACAGACCGCGAAGCUGAAAGCAGGCCAGGAGAGCCCCUCACCCCAACUUUAUCAAGUGUGUUGAAGCCCACUUUGUUCAUGCUUAAAGACAACACGUUUAAGUCACCCCCUGUGACUAAGGCAAUCAAGCUGCCUCUGCUCAGGUCUUUGUCCUGUGAAGAAGCCACUCCAAUUGCCCAAGAGGAUCCCAAGAAUGCCGAGGAGGAUGGGUGGCGGUCUCUCCAGGGGAACAGGGGCUCUCAAGUGGCUGACAAAAGUAGUCUGACAACAAAUUAUAGCUUUAGUGAAGGAUUAGAUCGUUUUCCUAUUAUGGCAGAGUCUAAAGAAACUGAUUGUUUAUCAGCGUUACCAGAGAAAGAAUUUAAAAGCCCUGAGAAAUUAGCUAUUUCCAAAGAGAAGAUCAGAAUUAGAAAAUUGAGGUCCAGUUCUGCCAUUCAGCCAAAUCUAGACUUUGAAAGUGAGCCAAGACAAAGUGAGGAAAGGUCCCCUAUAAGAGAAAGGAUACGUUAUACGAAGAACCGUGCCUUAACUAGACAAAGAGGUGGUCCUUGCAUUAAAAAAAUAAUAAGCCAAGAUGGAAAGUUCCCCAUAGUAGCAGAGAAUCAUGCUUGUUCUCCCGUUUCCAGUGAUGCCUUCGGAUAUACAUCAUCUCCGUUGAGUAAUUCAGCAGGUUCUGCCCUCCAAAGCCCAAAGUCAGAUACUGUGGUGCCAUCAGCUUCCACUGGUCCAUUGUCAGAUACAACUGCAAACGUCAACAUACUGCAGACUGAAAAACCAGCAAAUUAUCCACUACACAAAGCAACAGGAAGUCUAAAUAAACCUUCCACAACACCCACACUUGAACUAGAACAAACGGGUCAGCUCCCUGGAGAUACUGACAGUCCUUUGGGAACGAAUGAAAGACUCCAGCUGGUGACUCAAAUGGGAAGGACAACAGCCAAACCCCCAACGGUGCCACCCAAGACAGAAAAGGCAUUACGGAGGGCAAAGAAGCUGGCAAGUAGGAGGAAAAAAAUGGAAGCUCAACAGAAAAAGCUUCAGGAUGAAACUCUAGCCCAGAAUGAAGAUGCUUCAUCCCUGACACCAGUCCAAUCUCUGCAGUCUCUUGCCUGCCCUGAUUCUCCCUUGACUGCCCCAAAGCGUGAUCUGAUAAAGCAUCAACCUCUGCUCUCCGUAAGCCCCACCCCCUCUUUGCCUGCCACUCAGCGGAAGCUGCUCCAGGAUCCAGAUUCAGGAGAGUACUUUAUUGUAGAUUUACCUCUUCGGUUAAAGAUGUUUUAUGACCCAGAAAGUGAUAGAUAUAUCCAAGUGUCAGUUCCUUCCUCCAAAAGGAACUUGUCUCAAACACCCACUUCAGAAAUGUCCUUUUCGCCUUGUGCCUGGGGUCCCAGCACACUCCCACCCAGAGUGGCUUCUGUUCCGGCCCUCCCGUCAUCAGGUCAGCUUUCUGAAACAUUUACGAAGGCCUCGGGAUCGGUUUCAGAUGAGCAACCAGGGGCCGCCUCUCCAGGAUCUUUAGAUGGUCCACCCUGCCCAGAUUCAGCUCUGCUUGAUAUUCAUAGCCAAAAUGUCGAUGGAUCCCCCUCAAACUUUGAAAAGGAUAUGAGCAACUCUGCUACUACAGAGAACAUUUCGAUGGGUUCAGCCGAAGAGUUUGCGGUUGAAGGCAUAUUGUGAGAAUCUUUGGUGUUUGCUCUUAUUUUAGAAGAAUUACUGUGCAUACCUGAAAGCACAAAUGAUGAGGAUUUCCACUUGCACAGCAAUUAUAACAAAAUAAUAUCACUUCUCGACCUUUUUGCUAAGAUCAAAUGUAGAAUAAGAAAACAUAUUAAUGCAAAUUCACUUUUUUGUUUACUCUGAACAAUUCUAAUCUGUUAAUGACCUUUCUGUACAUUUGAUGUACAACACAAAAAUACUGACUACCUAAGGACUGGGUUGGAGCGAUCUGAAGUCAUACCUCACGGCUCAGUUAUUCAUGAUCAAAAGCAUAAUUCUGAAUUCAGACAUCAGGUUUUAUAUGAUUUGAAGAAGAAUUGGAAUAUAACAUCAGGUUUUGAAACUGAGUGAUUGAAUUAUAUUUGGUUAAUGUAUUUGAAAUGAAAUAUGUCCACAUUUCACA